CCUUACACUUAGUACCUAGGUAUACACUAACUUCACCGUACGACGGAAUCGUCCUACGUCAAUGAAAUCUACCAAAUUUGCUUUUUGCCUUUCUCUCGUGUGAAUUAAAUAUCUUUGACCUUAUUCUAUCUUCUAUAUUAUUUAUAUUUCACCAUUUUUAUAUGUGACGAUUAGCGGAUCAAGUACCUCAUAAACAGGUGCCUAACCCAACUUAAGUUUACGGGUUGGAGCAACACCAAGGUUUGGACGUCCCUUUAUAGGAAAGCUACCCCUACCUACCUAAUGCUUGCUUGCUGUCGAACAGAAGUUUAAAUUUAAAAGACAAGGUUGUAUUUUGCCGAGCCGCUAAGAGAUGGCUCAGCAAGAUACAGAUUUAGAUAUAGCAUCGGCUUAUCGAGAGAUCUACCGCGCAAAGUUUCAAGACGACGUUCGGACGGGAGUCAAAAAGCCUUUCUUGGUCCCCCUGUACUUGCUCAGCUACUGGGUUAUACCGGUUGUCUAUCUCGCUAUACCGCAUAAGAACCGACCGCGGUUAUACCAAGCUAGAUGGCUUUUUCUUGCUCUUACUGUGACCCUCAAUGUCUAUACCAUACUUAACGUCUCGAGCCACAACUUCGCUUCUGCUUAUGGUGCCGGCCUGAUUGGUUCUUGGGGCAUCGUGUGGAAUUUCACCUUGCUUGUUUGGACGAAACCGCAGUGGGAAGCUAAGCGGGUGGAUAUUCGAAGGAAGGAAAAGCCACAAGAUGCGGAGAGGACUCGAGAUGACGAGUCAGGCGUUUCUGCACCUUUUCCACCAGAAAAUGGCCAUACUGCUCACUCUGCAAGUGCAACUGGCUUGGAAUUAAACGGGAAUGGAUCCGCUCAUAAUCGUAAAGAAGGGAAAGCUCAUGCUGUCAGCCCCAAACCAGCCUCGGAACAAACAGAGUUGUCGGAUGAAUUAAGGAAGAUCCUCUUAGACGCAGUACCUUCGUUGCGUAAAUGCGAAAGCGACGACGAAAUACUCGUCGAGUUAAAGAAGCUAGCAGCAGAGCAGGAAUUCGAAUACUACUGGCAGGAAUACCCAGCCGACGCUUCUCUCUGGACCAGGCUAGACUGGGCUUUCGAUAUCGCCAACGCGUUCCGCAUGACAGGCUGGAACUGGGCAAUUCCCUGCCUACCGCCUUACCAUCUCCCCCCAACCAUCCACGGCUACCAAUUACCCCUAAGCGCCACGGGCCCCCACCACAGCAAGCAGGGCUACACGCGGCAGGUCUCCCUCCGAUCCUUCUUCCUCACGCGGCUGUUCCGCGACAUCGUCCCGGCGUACCUCGUCGUGGACUUCUGCGCCGUCCACAUGACCGCCGACCCGUACUUCGUCCUCGGGCCCGAGCACGCCGACCUCGCCCCCCUCCCCCCGCACCUAUCCUCCCUGUCCCCCCUCACCCUCUCCGCCUACCGCACCGCCCUCUCUUUCCUUGGCACCCUCUCCGCCCUGCAGCUGGUCUUCUCCUUCGGCGCCCUGGCGCUGGCCUUCCUCCCCCCGCUCCCCCGCAUCCUCCGCCUCCGCGCGCACCCCUGGCACCUCCCCUCCGCCGUCGGCUCCUUCGCCCAGGUCCUCGACCGCGGCCUGCCCGGCUUCUGGGGUAGCUGGUGGCACCAGACCUUCCGGUUCGGCUUCGCCGCGCCCUCGCGCUGGCUCGCCCGCCGCCGCCGCCUCCGCCCCGGCUCCCCCGCGCACCGCCUCCUCGCCUUCGCCCUCGCCUUCGUCCAGUCCGGCUUCCUGCACGCCUCGGGGAGCUACAGCACCGUGCCCCCACGCUCGAGGUGGUGGCUCCCCCCGCUGUUCUUCGCCCUCGCGGCCGUCGGGUCCGCGCUGCAGACCUGGCUGGCCCGCCGGGUCCUCGCGCCGCCGAUACGGCGCAUGCCGCGCUGGAUCCGGAGGCUGGGGAACCUGGCCUUCGCGCUGGCGUGGAUGUGGGCGACGGGCUGGGUGCUCGUGGACGAUUUCGGCCGCUGCGGGCUGUGGCUCUUCGAGCCCGUGCCUGUGUCCGUCUUUCGGUGGCUGGGGUACGGGCCGACGCGGGACCGCCGUGUGUGGAGGUACGAGAGGGAUUUCUGGCCGAAGUGGUACUGGGGGAAGCAUUGGUGGGACAGCGGGCUUGGAAUCUAAAAUAUUAGAGUUUGAAGAAAAAAAAAUCAUUUUGGUUGACAUAGAAUAACAGACAGAGCACGGCCCGAUGCGCGCGUGUAGAACGGUUAACGGGGUA